AUGUCAGAAAAUAGUUUUGGAGCGGCAGACUCUCUAAUGGACAAAGACCCGUGGGCAUUGCCUGCUACACAUAGCAUUCAGAAUCUUCAGUCCUCUGUUUUAGAGGAUAAUAACUGGAGUUCUUACAACUCCAACGACAUCCUUGCCAAUAACUUUGCUGCGAUGAAUAUUGAUCGUCGCCAAGCAAAUGGCAGCGAGCUGUCUCACAAUCAAUCUGCAUCACCAUUGGACCCACUGGCUAAUCCGGAGUCUUUGGAUGCCGAAAACCAGGAAGAAGUGGACUUGAAGCAGGACACUGUCUGGUCGGAAGAGCUGGUUGCAUCAUUCAAUCCCUUGGGAUAUCAUAACACUGAGGAUAAAACGAUAAUCCGAGUCAAAGAGAUCCCGGAGAAGGAGGGCCUCGUUUUCAAGCACAUCAACUACCUCAUUAGCCAUAACCUUCGUUUUCCUCGCGAGUUUUAUCAAAAUGACAAGCCUGCCGGAUCAGAAACAAAAAUAAUCAGACGAUACAGUGAUUUUGCCUGGCUUGUUGAAGUGCUGUGGCGCAAGUACCCAUACAGACUAAUUCCAGAGUUGCCACCCAAGAAAUUGUGUAAGUAUUUCCCUACCUGCCUUCCCUGUUGA